UGCCGUCAUGGCUGAACGAAACUGUUGACUAUCUGUCAAUUUUGUGAAAUCUUUUAUUUUCGCCAUGAUCAGGAAUAGGAAUUUGUGAGUUGUGGUUUUGUAAUGGAUAGUGUUCAAUAAUUUUCUCAUGAGUAUUAGUUAAAAUUCAUCAUGAACGGGUUAAGUUUCAGUGAACUCUGUUGCCUGUUUUGUUGUCCACCAUGCCCGGGGAAAAUCGCGGCUAAGCUCGCGUUUCUGCCUCCUGAACCUACGUAUGCAUUCACACCUGAUGAGACAGGAUCGAAAUUCUCAUUGACAUUAACUGAACGAGCAGAAUGGCAAUAUUCGGAACGGGAAAAAGAAAAUAUCGAAGGUUUUUACUCGAGAACCACGAGAGGCAACAGAAUAGCUUGCCUCUUUGUUCGAUGUAGUCCAAAUGCCCGUUUUACGAUAUUAUUUUCACAUGGAAAUGCCGUAGAUCUCGGUCAAAUGAGCAGUUUCUACUUAGGAUUAGGUACUAGAAUAAACUGUAAUAUAUUCAGCUAUGAUUAUUCUGGUUAUGGUGUGAGUGGUGGAAAACCGUCAGAGAAGAAUUUGUAUGCGGAUAUUGAUGCUGCGUGGCAGGCGCUGCGGACUCGGUACGGCAUCAGCCCCGAGAAUAUAAUACUGUAUGGACAAAGCAUUGGAACAGUACCUACUGUGGAUCUGGCUGCUCGCUAUGAGGUGGGAGCUGUUGUGCUGCACUCUCCUCUCAUGUCUGGAAUGCGAGUUGCCUUCCCCAACACUAAGAGAACAUGGUUCUUUGAUGCUUUCCCGAGUAUCGACAAAAUUCCCAAGGUGACCUCUCCUGUUCUUGUUAUUCAUGGAACUGAAGAUGAGGUGAUAGAUUUUUCUCACGGACUAGCAAUAUACGAACGCUGUCCCCGUGCUGUCGAACCACUAUGGGUGGAGGGUGCUGGACAUAAUGAUGUUGAACUUUUCAACCAAUAUUUGGAAAGACUGAAGCGUUUUGUUUCAGUAGAAUUGCUCAACUGACAAAGACUGCCGGCCCCAGGCCAGACAACUCAAGGUGACGACCAAAAUCCCGCAUCGACACUGAGCUCCGGCACCUCCAGUUCAGCGACAGAGAGACUCCUCUAGCUAGCGGGGGCCGGGCCCAGCCGGGCCGGCCCCAACAAAAACUCAGCAAACGCUAACGGCUCUGUGAGUCCACACAAUUAUAAAGAA